AUGACCUUGCCAUUCUUACCAUUCUUACUUUAUAAUAAAUAUCGUUUUCUUGAAUCCGAAUGGCUCAUUAGUGAAGAAGAUGGAUUAAAGAAAUACGCUUUAGAUGUUAGUUACGAUGAAACUCAAAAAGAGUAUCGUUAUGUUGCUUGGAAGAAUUACCACGAAAAUGAUGGAGCACAAACCCUCCAAGCUAAAGAUGCUAUUGUUUUUUCCGGUAACUUUACUGUUACUAAAACAAAUAUUUCUGGUAAAGUCUUCUAUCCACAAGGUUCUAAAAUGCACGAAUUCUCUACAGUUAUUGAUGACAAAGGAAAUGAAAGUUAUAAUAUCCAAUUAAUGUUAUCAAAUUAUGUUUCGGUUUCUAUUCGAUUGACCAACAUCUCAUAUGCCGAAAUAAGUAUUUCCCAAUUAGGUAGUAAAGAAUUGAUGAAGUUCACAGCGAUUGGACAUCCAAAACAUAUUUAUAAAUUAAGACUUACAGCAUCAUGGAUCACAUACUUCGCUGUCACAGUUUUCUUGCUAUUACAGAUCAGAUCAAUGAUCAAAUUAUUCAAACAAAGCAAGGAAGAUGAUCUUAAAACCUUUGCAACACAAAAUACGAAAUCCAAGGAUGGAAAGAACAAAUCUGAUGAAGGAAAUGACGGAUCUAAAAAUAAAAAUACCAAAAAAGCAAGUAAAUCAAAUUCAAAAAAGAAUAAGGCAAAUAAGCAAAAGAAUGCUUAA